AUGUCAUCCAACGCAACCUUAUUGAAUGAGCUUUGCAGCAUCUGCAACACCAACAAUUUCAAGUACCGAUGUCCCGGCUGUUCCGCACGUACAUGCUCGUUGCCAUGCUACAAACGUCACCAGUCAUGGGCACAAUGCUCUGGCAAGCGAGAUCCGACCAAGUUCGUCAAGAAGUCUGAGCUCGUGACAUCCGCUGGUAUUGAUCACGACUUCAACUUCCUAUCCGGUAUAGAACGGAACCUUGAGAAGGCUGAGAGGGUCGCUAGCGCCACCACCUCUAGCCAUGUCACAGAGGCCAAGUUGAGUCGCCAGCGGGCAGGUGUUCCUUACCCCAAGCUCGAGGCUGCUGCUAGCGUAAAGAUUAUACGAGCGCCACAAGGCAUGAGCAGACAAAAAGAGAACAAGUCACACAUGUCUGCCACCAAAAAGGCUUCACGGAAUAUAGUUUGGACUGUCGAGUGGUUCGACGAGACCAAGAAACGUGUGCUUACUGAGACGUCUUCUACAUAUCCACUACGGGAUGUGCAACCUUUCAAGCAACAUAGUACAGGAGCCAAAAGCAAGAAGAGGAAGCUAAACGCCGAAGACGCUGCAACCACAGAGAGACAGCGCGAUGCGACGCACCCUUCAGAGGAUCAAGACCAACAACAUCAACCGAAAUCUGGCGUUGAACACCAGAUCGACGAUGCAAGGCCAGGGCCACAAUCCCCGGAACAACCAGCCAAGGUGACGGAUACGCAUCCUGCCAAAGUCAGUAGCCACGGGCCAAGCAUCCAGACCCCAGAACAUAUGCUUUUUCUCCUAAAGCCACGCACAAGCACAAACCGGCACGUCGUCAUUCCCCUCGACCCCUCCCGCACCCUGGCUGAAAACCUGCACGGCCACACCAUUCUCGAGUUCCCUACCAUCUACGUGUUUCCCCCGGCAACGGAGAAACUACCCGAAGACUUUAUGCUGGAGGAAGAGUACGCCAAGCUGGAAGGGGAACAGCAGAAAGAGUUUGAUGAGCUGAUGAACGAGCUUGAUCCUGACAUCUUGAAGCGGUUAAAGGAAGGAGAGGACGCGCAGAGGUACGCGGGUGCGGACGAAGAAGUGGAUAGCAAAAAGAUACUUGAUGUGCUGAAGCAAGACAUUGGCGGGCUUUGAACACGUAAUAGUGCAUCACGUGAGCGAGGUACAUCCUGCAGCUGGCAAGCUUGCUUUUGAUGACGGGCCUGGACAGUAGGGUAGAAAGGAUGAAGAGGGGUAGAGCCAGACGAUGACGAAAUAGAGUUCAAAUCGCACAGGCAUGUUGUAUAAGAGAAGAAAAGAAAUUGACGUCUGAUUUGUCGCACAAGGUUGCCUCCCAGCUAAUCGCAGUAUGUAGGACGUAUCUCAACCCAUCGGAGGCUACUCCACCGUCGCAA